AUGAGAUUUCAGCGGAACGAGUUGUCGGCGGGAGACCAGUCACCAAGGGAAAAUAUCCAAGCCAAGUAUAUGUCUGACAAAACGGAAUACCCAGAGUACCUGGGAGUGACGGCAGGCAGCAUUAAUAUUUACGAAGGAGUUUUUCACUCGAUCAGGGGAAUCAUAAUGCACGAUGACUUUGAUCCGAAGACAGGCGAAAAUGACAUAGCACUUAUGGAGGUGCACCCACCGUUUGACUUCGGUCCAAACAUCCGCGCCGCUUCUCUGCCCGCAAUAGGAGCCAAGGAUCCGGCGGUCGGGACGGUAGCAACGAUAAUCGGAUGGGGCGACACGAAGAGCGGCGGUCCCUCGAGUUAUCUUCUGCUUGAGGCGCAGAUUGAGAUCCGCAACCACACGAUGUGCCGGGAAGCGUAUGCCGCCAUUAAAAACGUAAUAUUCCCCAGCCAGAUUUGCGCUAACGACGCCGCGGGAGGCAAAGGCACUUGUAACGGUGACAGCGGCGGGCCUUUGUUCGUCGAUGGCGUCCUGGUUGGGGUUGCUUCCUACAUAAAAGACUGCGAAGUCGCCCGUUACCCAAGCGUCUUCGCCCGAGUCUCCUACUACAUGGACUGGAUUCGAUCGUACACCAGUCUUUAA